AUGAAGGCCUCCAUUCUCCCCCUGUUGGGCCUAAUCGCCCCUUCUUACCAGCAGAUGCUCCGCUUUUCCUGCUCCCAACUCCUCAUAACGCGCCUAGACCCCCUUGUGACCCCCGGCCUGCCGCAAUCCCCUCACGUCCACCAAAUUGUCGGCGGCAACGCCUUCAACGUCUCCAUGGACACCCUCACGCACGACCCAGCCCAGCUCUCUUCCUGCACGACCUGCACUUUUGCCGAAGACUUCUCCAACUACUGGACCCAGGUGUUAUAUUUUAGGGCACGAAACGGGACGUUUAAGAGGGUGAGGCAAUUCCCCAACGUGGGACUCAGGAGUGACGGGGGCAUGACGAUAUAUUACAUCCCCCCCUAUGAUGGAGUGAGUCGAGUCACGGCGUUCCGACCGGGGUUUAGGAUGCUCGUUGGGGACGCGAUGCUCAGAGAUAAGGACGGAAUGCAGCCGCAGCUGUGUCAUCGCUGUCUGGGUGAGGAUCCGUACGACGUCGUGGGCGCGCCGUGUCUUGGGCCAGGGGAUUCGGUCGAGCUGCCCACAAAGCCGUGUCCCGGGGGCAUUAGGACGACAGUGACGUUUCCGACUUGUUGGGAUGGACGGAAUGUGGAUAGUCCGGAUCAUAAGAGCCAUGUGGCGUAUCCGAAGGACGGUGUGAGCUUUGAAAUGGGGGGAGAGUGUCCGGAGAGCCAUCCGGUGAAGUUGCCGCAGUUGAUGUAUGAGGUUAUGUGGGAUACGAGGCCGUUUAAUGACCCGGAGCUGUGGCCUGAGGAUGGGUCGCAGCCGUUUGUGUGGAGUACCAACGAUACGGUCGGCUAUACGCAACAUGGCGACUACAUCUUCGGCUGGAAGGGCGACUCUCUACAACGCGCCCUCGACGCGCGCUGUGCAAACUCGGUGUGCCGGGAAUUGCGCACGCAAACGACCGAAGAGGCCAUGCGCUGCACGCUGCCGCAGAAUAUCCCCGAAGAUGUUGACGGAUAUAGGUCUUUGCUUUCGUUUCGCUUCUGCUGCCGAGAGUGUUGGGACCGCUGA